AUGAAUGGCUUUAGCUUGUAUAUGUCCAAUGGAACAGUUGAUGCUGGGGAUAAAUUGUUAUGUUACACAGAUCUUCUGAUAACAGAAUUACCCAACACAACCCAGGAUAUCGACUGUUGCCCUUUAGGAACAUACGGAGUAUACUGUGGAAUGAAAUGUUCAGAAAACUGUAUAUCAGGAUCGUGUGACUUAGUUAGUGGACACUGCACAUUUGGUUGUACUGAUGGUUGGGUCGCCUGUAGUGAAGGUCUAUUUGGGAAUCAAUGUGUGCAUACAUGUUCGUCUCACUGUGUCAAAUCAUCUUGUAAUCAUGUGACAGGGGAAUGCAAUGGAGGAUGUAAACAAGGAUGGACAGCUUAUGACUGUUCAGAAGAAUGCAGUACCGGAUAUUUUGGUAGAAAUUGUUCCCAGUCAUGUGAAGGAUGCUUAUCUGAUCUAUGUGACCGUUUUGCUGGCUUCUGUAAUGUGACAGACAAAUGUAAACCAGGAUAUAUACACGACUUAAAAUGUAAUCAAGCAUGUGAGCACAUGUACUAUGGUGAUAAUUGUACAGAAAAAUGCAAUUGUCUCUCUAGAUUGGAACCUUGUGAUAAAUCUACUGGAAUGUGUCCUGACGGCAAAUGUGACAAAGGAUGGUCUGGGGAAUCUUGUAAUAAAGAAUGCAGCGAGGGAUAUUACGGAUCGAAUUGUAUUGAUUACUGUAACAAUUGCUUAAACACGUCCUGUGAAAUAUUUGAAGGCAAUUGUACUUAUGGUUGUAAUAAUAAAUUCAGUGGUCCUCAGUGCACGAAAGCAGACUUGCAGUCUUUAGAAGAACGAGGACUUGUUACAGCCAUCAUAGGAGGAAUUUGUGCUGCAAUAUUUGUCGUGAUUCUUGCAAUUAUUUUGUGUAUCGUUUACAGAUAG